AAUGCCAGGACUACUAUGAACUCCGGGGUCCUCAAUAUGUAACCUGUAGUAAUGCAAAGUGGUCCGAACCCCCGAGAUGCAUAGGUCUCACUCACACUUGGUAAGGGCUCAUUUGAAACCCCAAACAGCAGCGCUGGACGAUCUGUGCUAACACACCCGGGGAGCCCCACCAUGCAGUUACUAGUCAAGGUCAUCCUCACCCUGUGGGUCUCCUGGGCUCGUGGACAAGCAUGGACUCCUAUACAAGGAAGACACAUAUAGAUCAUACUUCCCAGCACCGAUAAAACAAUGGUUUUACUAUUCCUGCGAUCAAAACUAUGUGACUCCUCCUGAAACUGUCUGGCAUUACAUUACUUGCACACAAGAUGGAUGGACCCCGGAAGUGCCCUGCCUCAGGACAGUCUAUCAAAAUUGAUUGCGAUCCCGGCUACAGUCUCUCAGACCCACAGAGCACAGUGACCUGUACGGAGCAUGGCUGGUCCUCGCCUCCCAGCUGCAUCAAACAUUGUGACAUGCCAAUAUUUGGGAAUGCCACAGCCAUAAUCACUGGAAAACCAUUUCGACCCAAUGACAUGUUGGACUACCAAUGCCUGGAUGGCUAUGAAAACAGAGAUGGAAGCAAAAAGGGUUCCAUGGUGUGUGAAUCUUCAGACAAGUGUGGGCCUCCUCCAGGGAUUAGCAAUGGCGACAUCACCUCCAUCACAUUAAAAAUGUAUCAUCCGUGGUCAACAGUCAGGUGAGAGCAACGAGAGGAUGAGAGACCGUCACAGGGACAUGCAGUCGGAGUUAUUUCCACGUGAAUCUCCUGGUUGAGAAAGAACCUCACCCAUCCUUAGGAAGCAUUUAAAGAUUCGAGUUUUGUAUCACUUUUGGAGCCAGUCCAUUACGGUCCCUAAGAAACGCUGUCCAAGUCCAUGUCAAGGAAGUAACUCAGGAGAUGAUUGUGAAAUUCAUGCAAAUUUACAGAUAUUGCAAAAGCCUUUAAACUUUGAUAUCUACCGAGUGACCUCAGUGAACCAGCUUCCCGGUACUGUCACUUAAAUUCAGAGCCACACUUGGUAAAGGCUCAUGAAGCUGAGUUAAAACCACACACAGCAGCGCUGGACUCUCUGUGCUAACACACAGGGGGAGCCCGCCAUGCAGUUACUAGUCCAGGUCAUCCUCACCCUGUGGGUCUCCUGGGCUCAUGGACAAGGUGAGUGGAAAACAGAGCUGGCCAGGCCGUGUGCUCUUACCUGGGACUUCAUGUUACAUCUACUUUUGUGGGUCUGUGGUUGUUGUUUUUUUAAUGAAUCGUCUGUAUUGGGAGAUCAUAACAGAGAAUAAUGACUUUUUUAGGAAAAUACAACCAAUUAUGUUGAAUUUUACUCCCUGAGUUCCACAGCAAAAGGGCUCCCAAUGCCGAUUACGGGAAUAUUUGAAUGUGUUCAUACACAUUUGGGAACUAUGGCAAUUGUCACAAUUGUAUGUGUGGUGACUGUUUUAUAGAUUGCGUUGUGAAAACGCGUGAAAUCAGCCAUGUCGAGUCUGUGCCAUUUACUGUAUUUCAAUUAAACCUUAAAAAGCCUAUAAAAGUAAUUAACAUUGCAAUCGACUUAGUAUUGCAAUAAGAUUAGCAUCAGGUAAAAAGAAAUAUCUGUUUCAACGAAACGUAAAAUACAUUUUUAUUUCCAAUGAAAUGUCAAUAAAUUUUAUUAGAUUUCUGAGUUCACUGUUAAGUGUUGAGUAAAUAAAUUAAUGUAUUUCAUAGCAUUCUCUCUAUUGUGCACUGAUGUGCAUUCUUUAGAAUAAUAUGUGGUCUCUAUUAUGUGUCAAUGCAACCCUAUGUAUUAAACAAUUGCAUCUUAAAACAAA